CUCCCGAUCUAAAUCACAGAGCAGCGUUUGCUGUUGCGACCAAAGAAACACGUGCGUUUUUUUGCCCGGCAUCGUGGUGAAGACAGAUUUACAGGUGUUCUGCUGGCUUUAAUUGCCCAUUGUUAGGAUAUAUUUAUGUGGAUAAAUAUUUAAUAUUUAUACUUUUUUGGCCCUUUGACUGAUUAAAAAGUGGAAAUUUAGAUUCUCGACGUUAAAAGGUGUAAUUGUUGAUGUUUUAACUUUUAGAGCCGAAUGACAGCUGAAAUAUAUAUAUAAUCUUGAAUUACUCCUCUUGUAUCUUGAUGAAUGUUGUUGAUAAAUUUUAACUGGAUGUUUAAAAUCUCUGUCGUUCAAGUCUAAUAGAUAUCUACAAAUUUAUCGAUGUGAAUGUAUUGUUGACAACUGAUCAUUUUGCUUUGUGUACAUUUUAAGAAUGACUGCAUAGCAAUGUGGUGAAAUAAAGUUACAAAGUGUUUACAAACUGUUAUACCUCCCGAAAUUUAUAAUAUACUUAAGAUAACAAUCUAUUGCAUCCAAUUCUUAGACUAAAUAGCUGAUAAAUACGUGUUAAUAGAUAUAUAAUAGCUUGUGAUCAAAAUGACUGGUGAAACCUUAUUCGUUGUUGCUGAGAACUAAGGAUUUUAUAAACUACAGGGUACAUUAUUAUCUGUUACUGAAGUGUUAGUUUGGCGAUAUACAAUACUGCACAUGGCUUCCAAAGGACUACGGGUGUAUGCUGUGCCAAUUUUUGCAUUCUGGAUUUUUAGCGGUGUGAUGUCGUUCUCUGAGCACCGCGCUCCUACCUUCACGAUAGAACCACCAAACAAGGUCAUGUUUCUGAACAGUUCAGGUGAAUCCGUCCACUGUGCAGCUCUGGGAAACCCCAGGCCCUCGAUUUCGUGGGUUCUAGCCGAUGGCACGGCAGUCCAGGACCUACCAGGCCUGAGACUCGCUCUGGCUAACGGAACUUUGCUGUUCUUACCAUUCAUGGCUGAAAGCUACAGACAAGACAUCCAUGCUUCAACGUAUCGAUGCAUCGCUUCCAAUUUAGUGGGAAAAAUCAGCAGUCGAGACAUAAGAAUAAGGGCAGUGGUCCGUCAAGGUUAUCAAGUUCAAGUGUAUGACGAAUUUGUUAUCAGGGGAAAUACAGCUGUUCUUCGUUGCCAGGUCCCGAGUGUAGUCAGAGACUACGUCAUUGUCACAACGUGGGAAAGAGAAGAUGGCGUCACCAUCGUAUCGAAUGUUGCCAACGGUGGUCGAUACAGUGUAUUGCCAAAUGGCGAACUCCUGAUCCGCAAUGCCAUGAUAUCGGAUGGUUUCAAAAGCUAUCGCUGCUUAACGAAACACAUUUUGAGCGGCGAUAUUCAGUUAAGUUCAACAUCAGGAAGACUAAUCAUAACAGAUCCUCAAGGCACCCAGCCUCCGCGUUUGUCCGAUACGAGAAGUUCCAUUAAUGUCCGUCAGGGGACGUCGGCAGAAUUGACGUGCGUCGCCCAAGCGUAUCCAUUGCCCAACUACAAGUGGUACAAGAAAGAUGGCGUGAGGCUCGUUCCAGUGAGUGCCAGACCGGGAGUUAUUCUCUUGAGUGGUUCUUUGUACUUUCAACAAGUCAAUGUAAGAGAUUCGGGAACAUAUGUUUGCGUUGUAAAUAACAGCGCUGGUGAAAAGCGCAUGGAAAGCACUCUAACAGUGACUGCUCCCCUGUCUGCUCACCUUCACCCCAAGCGCAUCCUGGUGGACGCGGAGAAACCGGUCACCCUCAAGUGUAACAUCUCCGGUUAUCCUGUGGACUCCGUGACAUGGAUGAAGGACACUCGUGCCCUGGCGGACAAUUCCGGUCGCGUGAGAAUGCUCACGAGAGAUAUUAUCCACAUCAAUUCAGUGGGGAGGGAAGAUAGAGGGGUGUACCAGUGCUUCGUAAGAAAUGCUGACGACUCCGCGCAAGCCUCAGCAGAACUCGUUCUGGGAGAAACCGCCCCAUCUUUUCAUGAGACAUUCUCAGAGAGAACACUGCGGCCUGGUCCAUCAGUUUCUUUCCAGUGUGCCGCAUCUGGUACACCUUUACCUCAGGUCACCUGGUCAUUGGACGGGUACCCUGUACCGGAUAACGACAGGGUGCGAGUAGGCGAUUAUGUCAGUAGAAAUGGCGAUGUCAUCAGUCAUGUCAACAUUUCCAGUGUCCGAAUAGAAGACGGUGGGUUAUACAGCUGUGUAGCUCGGAAUGAUGUUGGCGAAAUCAGACAUUCUGGACGCUUGAAUGUUUAUGGUCCACCGAUGAUUCGGCCAAUGCCGGACCUCUCAGUUGUCGCCGGUGAAAGUACUUCAAUCCAGUGUAGAGUGGCUGGAUAUCCAAUAGAUGAAAUCAUGUGGGAAAAAGAUGGCCGACGUCUACCCACCAACAGACGACAACAGGUGUUUCCAAAUGGCACUUUAUUGAUCGAACAAGUUCAGCGCCAUGAAGACGAGGGAGUUUAUGUAUGCUCUGCUAGGGCAUCAGAUUCUCCAACCGUAGAUGGAAGCCUCAAAGUGACAGUCAAAGAAAAACCUGUCAUCAUGCCUUUUUCGUUCCCAUCGGAAAACUUGAAGGAAGGAAUGAAAAUCUAUGGCAUGUGCGCAGUUUCGGCAGGAGAUCCUCCUUUCCACAUUUCGUGGCUCAAAGACAAUCGCCCUUUAUCUGCUUCCGAUACCGACAUCACCAUCCAGAUGAUAGGGCAAGACUUCAGCUCGCUUUCCAUUGACAGUGCGACCACCCGCCACAGUGGACAUUACACGUGUGUAGUGAAGAACGACGUCGCUACAGUUAACUACACGGCAACUCUCACCGUUCACGUCCCCCCAAGAUGGCGUCUCGAGCCGGCAGACACCAGCGUGCUCGUUGGCCGAAGUGUAUCUCUCCACUGUCAAGCAGAUGGGUUUCCACAGCCACAAAUUCGAUGGGAAAAAGCCUCAGAUGCAUCUGCCCGAGAUUAUCGCCCAAUCAGCACGAGUUAUCAUCACCAAAUCUUCGAAAACGGAUCUCUCACAAUACAGGAUGUGACACACGAAGAUGCUGGUUACUAUUUGUGCCAGGCAACAAAUGGAAUCGGACCUGGCCUCAGCAGUGUUGUCACUCUUAGUGUUAAUGAAUCUCCUCGAUUCGAAACGAAAUUCCGUACCCAAAUGGUGAAAAAAGGAGAUGACGUCAGCCUGACAUGCGCAGUCUCAGGAGAUCCUCCACUGUCAAUCACUUGGACCCGAGACAAGCAACCGCUCAAUUUGGAAACGGAACCGAGGUUCCAAGUCAGCCAAACAGCCAUGGGUGACUCCAGAAUGAAAUCGGUGCUUCGAGUGACAUCUGUCGGCAGAGUUGAUUCUGCGCUCUACACUUGCUUGGCUUCUAAUAUGUAUGGCCAAGAUGACACAAACAUCCAACUUAUAGUUCAAGAACAACCGGAUGCUCCGAGGGAAAUGCAAAUCUCGGAAACCGGAAGUCGGCUGGUGAGACUCUCCUGGGAACCCCCCUUCAGCGGAAAUAGCCUCAUCACCAAGUACAUUCUGCACAUCCGAGAAAACGGAUCUGCAGCAUCCAUGUCAAGAAACAUUUCAGUCCCCGGUACCAAUACAUCCGCCGACAUAAGUGACUUGCGACCUGCGACGGGCUAUGAUGUGUAUUUGAUUGCAGAGAAUGCUAUUGGAGCCAGUGGUCCAGGGCGCACUUUUCAUUUUAAGACCGAAGAAGAAGUUCCGGAUGGCCCUCCUACUGCUGUUAGAGCUGAAGCCAUUGGACCUGAUGCUUUGCGGAUUUCGUGGGAGCUUCCGGAGAAACAUCUUCGCAACGGGAACAUCAAAGGUUUCUACGUCGGCUACAAAGACGCCAAUUCUUCGGAGCCCUACCAGUACAAAACGGUUGAUAUCGCCUCCCGCACACAAAAGGAAACGAGAGAGACUACAGAUCUGCGGGGCCUCAAUCCCUACUCCUUCUACAGCAUUGUCCUGCAGGCCUUCAACCUGAAAGGAGCCGGUCCGAGAUCUGAUCCGGUGGUUGCUAUGACGAUGGAGGAUGUGCCCAGCGUUCCUCCUCAGCAAGUCGACUGCAUGGCUCUAACUUCACAAACAAUCAAGGUGACGUGGCAGUCACCCCCUGCAUCAGCCGUUCACGGUGUCUUGAAAGGAUACAAAGUUUUCUACAGAUCGGUCGAUGACUGGCAUGAAAUUGAGGAUCUGGAAGUUCUGGUGAAUGCUCCCGAAAAGGAGACCCUUUUGAAAAACCUUGAAAAGUACACCAACUAUAGCAUCAGUGUUUUGGCCUUCACAGGACGAGGAGAUGGCGUAUUAAGUGAACCAAUUCAUUGCAGAACAAUGGAAGACGUGCCAAGUCCUCCUGCAGAUAUCAAAGCAUUGCCAAUGUUACCAGAUGCUAUUCUUCUUAGCUGGCAACCACCUGCACAGCCAAAUGGUAUACUUCAACAGUAUACCCUGUAUCAAAGGACCACUACCAAUGGCAGACAGGAAACAAAGAAGCACACCUUGUCCCCUUCCCAGCAUUACUACGAAGCCCUCCGUCUGGAAAGAUCCAAGAGGUACGAAUUCUGGGUGACGUCUUCCACUUCAGCCGGGGAAAGUGAAGGCACAAGGGUCCUCUCCCAAACCACUUCAGAUACCAUACCUGCCAGAAUUGCCUCUUUCUCACAACAAGUUAUUACUCGACGUAAGUCCUCUGUGCAACUGCCCUGUAAAGCUGUUGGGAUUCCUGCAGCUGAGAAACUUUGGACUUUCAAGGGCCAGGCGAUUCGUGACAGGCGGAGGACAAAGUUCUUGAAUAAUGGCAGCCUGCUCAUCGAAGAUGUAGACGACGACGACGCGGGGAACUACACGUGUAGGGUGCAGAACGUCUACGGCGCAGACGAGAUCGCCUUCAUGCUGGUUGUCAGAGCAAAACAUUUAGAUGGCAGGGCUCUACCUGCUCCAUCGUCUGUAACUGUUGUGACCGAAACCUCUUCUAGUCUCGAGUUGAAAUGGACCAUGGACACUAGAGGACGCAUAAAGACUAAAGGGUUCAUUAUCCGGCACAAGAGGGAGUACGGCCAGUGGGAGGAGACGAGGACUUCAUCCAAAGUAGCAACUUACACACUGCAAAACUUACAGUGUGGUACCAAAUAUUACGUCUAUGUGGCUGCGGUUGGAAAAAAUGGUGAGGGAGAGCCUAGUGAAGUCAUCACUGCAAAAACUGAAGGAAAUGCUCCAGUUGCACCACGAAAAGACAACUUCAUCAUAUCCAACUCCACGUCCCUGGUCAUUCAGCUGAGAGCGUGGGAGGACGGCGGCUGCGGCAUCAAGUCAUUUGUCGUACGGUACAAGCGGUUGCACACCACGGAAUGGAAGAUGGCAGCCAGUUCCAUCAGCCAACAGCAGGAGAAAGUGGUCAUCAGAGACUUGAGUCCGGGAACUUGGUACAGCAUUCGAGUUACAGCUCAUAACGUAGCCGGUUCCACAGUUGCAGAAUACGAAGUUGCCACCCUCACCCUGGAUGGCAGUACUGUUGCGCCCAUCCUACUCCUGGAAAGCAGAGAAUCCAUCAAUAUCUGGGAAGAUGUGAACAUCAUUGUUCCGAUUGUCGCUGCCGUCAUUGCACUCACGGUAGUGAUCGGGGUUGCCGUCUGCGUUUGUGUGAAGAAGCGCCACGGAGCAGAAGACUAUUAUGAGAGACGUGGCGAGAACUCUAACACGACUCCCCUGAUGUCAAACCAGCCUGCCAAAAAGUCGACAGACGGGACUAAUGCUCCCAUACGCGAGACCUCUAUGUACCAAACAUGUGGACCGAAGGCCUCUCUACCUUCUGGGAACCAGGACCCAAAUGCCACGGGAGAACAAGGACAUUACUAUGAGGACGAUAUCACCCCGUAUGCGACAUUCCGGCUGCCAGGAUGCGAGUCGGACACCGAGAGCUCACACGAGACAGUUCGAGAGAUGCAGACCUUCGGUCAUCAGCAGUAUAGCAGACGAUCCUACCCGGACCACUCAACGGCUCAUGUGCAAGAACAACUUAUACUAAGCCAGGACAUCGCUCAAUAUCAAAAAAUUGUCGAAUGUCCGACCUAUGACGCGAACUUUCCGUCCGUUCGUCCGUCCAUCGGCGUGUACAGUGAGCCCAAGUUCCGAGGUGAGCCGGGCCGAGAGGAGUGCGAGGAGCAGGAGAGUGCCGCCGCCAGGGAGAAGAGACUGCAGCACAAAGAGCUUUACAGGAGAUGGAUCUGCCUCAUAGAGCCCUACUGGGCAGGGGAAACAAUGGAGAGCGACGUGGACGCAGAAUACGAACGGACAGAACUAGUCGAAGAUCUGCUUCUGAAGCAGGAGAUGUCCGAGGCCGAGUGCGACUGGGACAGAAAUGAGUGCUACUGACCCGUAAUGACAACACACCCCGAAGAGACUUCCACAGCAAUGGUGCUUAUGUCUUCGGGACAAGGUGCUCAGAGCUCCCUGUCCUCCGGUGCACAGAGAGGUGCUACGGCCAAGGACACUUUUGCCAAACUUUUCUGCCCACUUAACACAAAGGAAGGACAAUUCCAGGAACUUCCUGUGUAACGGUGCGUGGCAACUCUUGGUGGGAUUUCUGUGUUCAAAGGUUAUCAUAUCGCAGUUAAAUGGAUUAUUGUUUGAUCAAAUGUAUAUUGAUUUGAAAGUGUUUGUUGAAAUUGGAUAUGCACCAAUAUGACCAUCGUUUGUUUCUAAAAUUUAUUAUACAAUAUCAUGUAAAGAUUGUGCUACACGAUACUCAAAUAUUUGAUUCAUCGGUUGCAAAGACAAGUAUUACUGCUACACAAAAUAGCAAAUGUUUGAUCCAUCGUUUAACGAUUUGAAUCAGCCAGCUGAAAGUGGAUGAAGUCUUUGUUGUUGCUGCCACAGUGGUUUUAUUGUCUUGUUCCACUUUGUUUGUUCCAUAAAGAGGUGUAAAAAUAAUUACUUAUCUAACUAACAGCAGCAAAGUCAGUUGCACAGUGUAGCCGUAGGCUCGCGAAAACGAAUGGCUUGCUGCGAAUGUUCAAGAUUUUCUUUGACUUGUACAUGAAAGACCGACAACAUUCGAAUAAUUUACGGUGUGAAUGCUUGACAUUGUAUGUCCCUCUACAUUGCACUAUAAGCAAUCAAGUGUCCAAGGAAGUCCUGGAAAGUUUUACUUUGAAUCCUCUAUCGCCGGCUUAAUAUUCCAAAAAGUAUUGAUUAUUCCCAAUAAAGUAUUUAAAAACAAUUAUCCCAAUUUAAAUUCAAAUUCAGACAAUCUACAUUUAUUUAAUCUUUGUUUUGUUUAAAUAACUACCUAAAAUAUAUUUUGAAACCGCUAACACUACAUUAUCUGAUAUUUUAAAAAGUGUAAUGAAGAUGUAUGGGAUUUUUUUAUUAAUUGAAUAAUAAUCAAGUUCUUGUCAAUACAGCAUUUUAUUACACUAGUAUUCCUUUGCUAUUACUACCAGAAAAGAUAAAGUUGUUUUGUCAGCACGCCAUUAUGAAUAAAAUACAACUCAAAGGAUGUCAUUAUUACAAUGCAAUUCAAUGAUAGAAACCAUAAUCAAAUGCAUGGAAUUGAAAAGCUAAAGUAUUCUUUUUUUCUAAAUCGUGUUAGUGUCAAUGUGAUAGCUAACCAAUGAACACCGACUUCCCAAAAGAACUUACGAACAAUUCUUCCGACUCUGAUAAAAAAAACUUUGCUCUUUCUCUCUCUACCGAUAUCUACUUGGAUCAUCUGGACACGAUUCAAGCACGACUGUGAUCAUUUAUUUAUCAUUGAAAAAUCCCUUCAUGUAUAUCAAACAACGGAAUGAAAUGCAGUGUAAAUACCUUUAUCCAUUGUUUAUCAUUUAUUACAAAUGUACUGUAAAUCGUUGCGAUCUCUGUGUGAGCAGAUA